AUGUCUCGAGUUCAAAGAAAAACUGAAGAUUCUAAAGGCUCAUUGUCUGGUGGUGGCAAGAAGCAGAAGACUAUUGAUCUUGGUUGGAAUCGAAAUGACGAGGAUAUCGUAUCGUCCGACGAUGAAGAAAACCUAGAACCAUCCUUGGAUGAUGAGGAGCUGGAGGAAGAAGAGACACUGGACGCCAAAAAAAUUCGUCUUGCUCGCGAGUAUCUGAGGAAGUUGGAAACAGAAGACUCGGACGAUAGCUCAUCAAGCUCGUCCGAAGAUGACGAGGGCGAUACAGGAUAUGAUCGAAUAGGUGUUAAGUUGCAACGAGAACGGCUGAAGCGAGAAGGAACACUGGAGAGAGCUGUUGCUGGCAAAGUCGAAAGCUGUGUUUCAUCUUUUGAACAGUCACUUGGAUCCAUCGAAAGCCAUGAAAAGUCAUGGAUUGACGAUGGAAAAAUCAACCUUUUGCGAGGUCAUGAUUUGACACCCACAUGUGUAGCGUUGCAGUCGGACGGCGCGACGGCAAUUUCCGGGAGCAAAGAUCAUUCUGUUAUAUUAUGGGAUGUGGAUCAACAGAAGAAAUCUCUAAUACUGUGCAAAUCAUGGAAGAAGCAAAAUUCAUCUGAGCUAUCAAGAGGAGAAGGUGAAGUGUUGUCGGUUGCAUGUUCCGACGACGGAAACUACGCAGCCGUUGGCCGACGAGAUGCCACGGUAUCCAUUUUUGAUGUUCGUGCUGGAAAGAAUAGCUUAGUCAAAACCUUCACUGGUCACAAAGGACCAAUCACUACUUUGGCAUUCAGGACCCAGUCACUUCAAUUGUUCUCUGGCAGUGAAGAUAGAUGCAUUCGUCAUUAUAAUCUGAGCGAACAAAUGUAUGUCGAAACGCUUUAUGGGCACCAGUUCGGAGUCACGUCUGUUGAUUGUCAUAGAAAAGAAAGACCGAUCUCAGUUGGCCGUGACCGUACUGCUAGAGCUUGGAAGCUUGCGGAAGACACUCACUUAAUCUUUCGAGGUGGUGCAAGAUUAUCUUCUGCUGACUGCGUCCGUGUGAUGAAGGACGACUGGUUCAUGACUGGGCAUGAUGAUGGAUCGCUGAAUCUAUGGAUGACAGACAAGAAGAAAGCUGUAAAGACUUUUGAUCACGCCCACGGUGUUGAUGGAGGUGUAGGACGUGGGAUCUGUAGUUUGGCUUCUUUGAGAGGUUCUGAUCUGGCUGUCAGUGGUUCGUACGAUGGAUAUCUCCGUUUGUGGAAGCUAGCAAUGGGGAGUACGCUGGAUUCGAGGGGUAUGGAAGAAAUGAAUCGCAUCCCUCUUUCUGGAUACUUAAACGGAAUAGCUGUGGGGCCAAAGGCUCGUUUCUGUGUCGCUGCUUGUGGGCAAGAACCAAAACUAGGAAGAUGGCAUCGGGUUCCCAAGGCAAAGAAUCGCCUUGCAAUUGUGCAAUUGCGAUGGGAUAAUGAUGACGAAAGUGACGAAGAAGUGGGAGAUGAAAUGAAUGCAAGCUCUGGUAGCGAAAUGGAGAGCGCAGAAGAAUCGUCGGCCAGUGACGAAUAA